GAGUCUGCCUAGUCUGCCUACCAACUAGCAACCUACCCACUGACCCAGGCUACGAACAUAUGCGCUUGACAUAAACUAAACCCAAUUGUCGCGAUCGGCUAACAAUACCAGGAAGCUCAUGAAAGGACCAAUAAGCGGAAGAGGCUCGACACUAAUGGACCUUUUUUUUUCACAGAUCCAUGAUACGUAUCUACUUGUUAUCUUCUUGUUUGCUUUUUUUCCAGCAGUUUUUUUCUUUUCAGCCGAGCCUCUGAGGUCCUCUGAUGGAAGCACCUCUUUAUCAAUAGUGCAAAUACUCAUUUGAUUGUUAUUCUUUUUGUUUCGCAUUUCUCUGUAUAUAUUACUUCCACCGCCCCUCGUCUUUGUCGAUCAUUUACUAAAGAUUCUUCCUAUUCCGGUCCAUCAGAUAUUUUUAUCGCCCUUGGAGAACAUGAAUGAGAUUGAGAUCAGCCCAGUCGAUCUGACCGAUGCGAUUGAUGUUGAUGAAUCUCUGGUCCCCGUUAGGGACAUCAAACAAGCCAGCCAAAGCAAUGUAGAUUUUGAUGGCCUACUGGCGACGCCUCUCCUCCUCCAGGAAGAUCUCAAAGAGGGCUGUGGAGGCCAACUAUGGCCAGCCGGCAUGGUUCUUGCCAAGUAUUUGUUACGUCAGCAUCGCUUUAGUCUUGCCAAUAAAUCAAUUAUUGAGCUGGGCUCUGGUGGCGGCUUGGUUGGGCUGGCAAUUGCACGGGGUUGUCAAAUCGGUCCCUCGCCUGUGUUCAUCACAGAUCAAGCGCCGAUGUUAUCCUUGAUGGAAACAAAUAUCAAGCUUAACAAUCUUUCGGACCUUGUUACAGCCAAUAUAUUAAACUGGGGGGAGCCAAUCCCCGACUCCAUUCCACAAAAGCCUACGAUUAUACUUGCCGCCGAUUGCGUUUACUUCGAACCAGCAUUUCCUUUACUGAUAUCGACCCUGAAAGAUCUGCUUGGUCCCGAGUCAAUAUGUUAUUUCUGCUUCAGAAAACGUAGACGCGCUGAUCUCCGGUUCAUGAAGAUGGCGAAAAAGCUGUUCAUUAUUGAUGAAAUUCAAGAUGACCCUGAUGCGCAAACAUACCGGAGAGAGAACAUCUUCCUCUACGCCAUGCGCCCGAAAUCUAGUCAAAGAACUAUACAAAGCUUAGCAGCGGACUAGAACUGCAUAUUAGUCUGAAUUUGGAAAAACAUAUGUCAAUUGGCCACUGCCUCAACCCUCCAAAGUUGAUAGACCACUGUCCCGAGCAUAUACUACAAUUUCAAUCCAUAGC